AUGGCACCUCAAUUGGCUUGGCUGGGUCUGGGGAAUAUGGGCAGGGGCAUGUGCAAGAAUUUGGUCGAGAAAGGCAACCUGUCCAACCCAUUGAUCAUCUUCAACCGCACCCCGCAACGGGCCCAUGACCUCGCAGCAAGCAUAGGCCACGCGACCGUGGCUUCCUCUGUGCAAGAGGCCGCCUCGAAAGCAGACAUCAUAUUCUACUGUCUCGGCGACGACCCAGCCGUGCUCUCCACCCUCGAAGAGGUCCUCAAAACCGAUGUCACGGGCAAGCUGAUCGUGGACUGCAGCACGGUCCACCCCGAGACCACAGCCAAAGAAGAGAAGAUGGUGGAGGACAAAGGAGCAAGCUUCGUGGCCUGUCCCGUCUUUGGAGCCCCGGCCAUGGCCGACGCCGGCCAGCUGAUCUGCGUCGUGGCGGGGAAGGCUGAGGCGGCGCAAAAAGUGCUCCCAUACUGCAAGGGCGUGAUGGGCCGGGCCAACGUGGAUUUCUCGGGUCAAGAGCCGAGCAAGGCGACCACUCUCAAGAUCAUUGGUAACACCUUUGUCUUGGGCAUGGUCAACGCCCUGUCCGAGGGGCAUGUCCUGGCCGAAAAUUCCGGUCUGGGAGUCGACGAGCUCCACAAAUUCAUCGAAGUCAUGUUCCCGGGACCCUACACGGCCUACUCGAACAGGAUGAGGACGGGCGACUACUACACGCGUGCAGAACCGCUGUUCGCCGUGGACCUGGCACGCAAAGACGCCCGGCACGCCAUGGACUUGGCCAAGAAGAGCGGGUGCCGGAUGCGGCAAGUCGAGGUUGGGGACGAGUAUCUGAAGACUGUCAAGCAGACCGUGGGUGAGAAGGGCGACAUUGCCGGGAUUUAUGGCGCCGUCAGACUGCAGGGGGGACUGAAGUUUGGAAACCAAGACUAA